AUCAAUCAUCCUCUUCCAUUUCAUUUCUUCAGAAUAAAAAAUGUCAGUCACUUUGCCUUCUCCGCUGCCCUCUAUACUCUCCUCUUCCUACACUGUCCGGGAUAGGAAAUGUUUCGGAUCAGCGAAGCCUAGUCCGGUUUUCAAGCAUCAGAGAUUCUUUUCUUUGAUUUCUGCUGCCACGAAUUUCUCUUCCUCUCUCGACACCGGUUUCAGCACUGAAUUGGAUGUGGUGACGGGUUACAGCGAGAUCGUUCCUGAUACUGUUGUUUUCGAUGAUUUUGAAAGGUUUCCUCCAACUGCUGCCACUGUUAGCUCAUCUCUACUAUUGGGCAUUUGCAGCUUACCUGAUACCAAAUUCAGGAGUGCUAUUGAUACUGCGUUGGCUGGUUCAGAGUGUUACAACUUAGAACAAUCUGAUGAUCGUAUGACAUGUUUCUUCAACAAGGCUUUGGUAAAUGUUGGAGGCGAUCUUGCAAGACUUGUCCCUGGUCGUGUUUCUACUGAAGUCGAUGCUCGUCUUGCAUACGACACACAGGGCAUUGUUCGGAGGGUGCACGAGUUAUUGAAAUUGUAUCAUGACAUUGAAGUGCCUCCGCAACGUUUGUUGUUCAAAAUUCCUUCAACUUGGCAAGGAAUUGAAGCGUCGCGGUUGUUGGAGUCAGAGGGCAUACAGACUCAUAUGACUUUUGUGUACAGUUUUUGUCAAGCUGCAGCUGCAGCUCAAGCUGGUGCUUCCGUUAUUCAGAUUUUUGUUGGUCGGCUUAGGGACUGGGCGCGCAACCAUUCUAAUGACCCCGAAGUAGAAGCUGCACUUAAAAGAGGAGAAGAUCCUGGCUUGGCUUUGGUGACGAAAGCCUACAGUUACAUUCAUAAAUAUGGGCAUAACUCAAAAUUGAUGGCUGCAGCAAUUCGUAACAAACAGGAUGUUUUUAAUCUUUUGGGAGUUGAUUAUAUUAUCUCCCCGUUGAAGAUAAUGCAGUCUCUAAAGGAAUCUGUGACACCUCCCGAUGAGAAAUAUUCUCUUAUGAGGAGGCUAUCCCCACAAUCUGCUGCCUCCUACAAUUUCAGCAAUGAAGAGCUUGUGAAGUGGGACCAAUAUAGCUUUGCCUCGGCUAUGGGCCCCGCAGCUGUGGAGCUUCUAACAGCCGGAUUGGAUAGUUAUGCUACCCAAUCUAAACGUGUCGAAGAGUUAUUUGGGAAGAUAUGGCCGCCACCAAAUGUAUAAUUAAUAAGUCUUAUCAGCCAUAACCAAUAAGGUGUUGCCUCCGUGGAAUAAAAGGAUGCCAAAUUGCCCCAAUGCUUCACUCGAACCUUCCACGAAUAACCACUGGAAAGAGGGUGCUCGCUCAUGUUAUGCAACUUUUCACUUAUGUCCUUUUGCAGUUAAGUUAUGUUGAAGCACCAUUUGGUAUCUUAGCUGCUCCGGGGUAUUUCUUAUGAGAACAUUGGAAUACUACUUUCGGUAUUUACCGUAAGUCUAUAAUUUCCUACAAAUUAACAUCCCCCUUCUUCUUAUGUUUCUUCUUCAAUGUACUUCAGACGAGUUUAAAUUAGACAUAAUCUUGUUUGGUGUA